AUGGCUAAUAAAUAUCAAUCUCUUGGCUGGAUGUGCAAUGGAGAGACCCAGCAAGGCCAGGUCCCAGUUUGGGAGGAGUGGGCUCUGGCCGAGUCUCGCCGACGUACAGCGAUUGUUCUCGUAAUCAUUAUUCAUAUAUUCAAUAUUGAGCAUGGACAUGGCUUGCCGCAAUGUGGUGGCUUUUUCGAUCUAUCAUUGCCUUGCAGCAAGACGUUAUGGGAGGCAUUAGAUCAAGCAACGUGGGAAAUAGAGUAUUGCAAGCAAUACAUGCGAGAUAGCAAGUCCGGCCAAAACUUGAAGAUAAUUCCGACGUAUAAAGAUCUCUUGCCAGAUCUUCAAGAGCAAAAUGACUCGGCUAGCGCUUUAAAGGGCAGAGUGUCUUAA